AUGGCGUCGCUCGUGCUCGCGUGGCUCGUGGUGCUGAGCGCCGUCGUGCUGACCCUGGAGAUCCAGCGCCGCCUGCUGCUGGCGCGCGUGCUGGGUGCGCUCGUGAUGCUGCUGGCCUGGGGGCUCUUGCUGCCGUCGGAGCUGCAGCUCAAGGCCGCGAGCUGCGCCGUGGUGUACCACGGACUGGCGGAGGGGCUGCGGCAGUGGCAGCGCAGCUUCCCGUGCGUCUUCGAGCGGCGGAAGGACCGCAAGGUGGUGCUCUGGCUGCUCUUCUGGGCGAGGGUCUUCAUCUGGGGCGCCACACUGGGCGGCGUCGCGGUCUUCACGGCCCUAACAAGGGGACGGGAGGCGGGGGCCUCCAACACGUGGCGAGACGCGGCCGCGCUGGCCUUCUACUACGAGCUGGUGGAGGUGCUGGUGCUGCUCUACUUCGCGGACGAGGAGCUGCCCUAUCUGUGGCACAAGCGCGUAGGCCACUGGCUGGCGGCGCUGCUCGUGGGCUUCCUGGAGAGCUCCGGCCGACUGGACGGCGUGCUGCGAGGCCCGUGGCUGGCGGGCAUGUCGCCGUUGGCGCUCGUCGGCGUGCUGCUCAUGGUCAUGUGGCUGUCUAUUGAGAUCCGGUGGGAUCGCAUCGCCGAGGCGAGCAGCCCCAGUCUGGUGGAGGAGGAAGCCAGCAACAGCAACACCAGGACUAGUCACAGACCCGGGCUCUUUGUGGACACGAGCAGGAACGAAGACUUCUACUUCGGAGCGUGA